AUGUCCGAGCUACAUUCAGAAACGACGGUGGAGGACCUGGAUUACGAAGAAUACCAAGUGCCUUCGGAAGAUGCCGAGAUGCGCUGCCCGAUCUGCCUCGAGGUGCGGAAUGGCUCUGCAGGUGACUUCGAUCACAACCGACGGUGGAUCGUGUUGCAGUGCUGUGAGGACGCUGUAUGCAGACAGUGCCUUCGCCAGCACCUGCUCACCAACGGCCACGCCUGCCCCUUGAAUCCGGGGCAUAAUUUGCGGGAUGUGGACGUCAUCGCUGGCUGUAGCGCUCCAAACGACUGGGUGAAGCUGGAGCAGCGCCGGAAGUUCCGAGAAGUUGGAGGGAAAGGCUUUUGUUGUACCAGCGACAGCUGCGCCGGAAUUCUGCCUUCCCCGCCGCCAGGAGUUUGGCAGAAUGAGCCGUUCCCAGCGGCCUGCCCAGGCUGCCACCUUGCCCACUGUGGCAGGUGUGGAAGCCCAUGGCCAGCUUCGUUGAUGCAGCGUCAUGUUUGCGAGGACCUCCGGCAUUCUGCAGAGCAGAGGGAGGUCCAGGCACGAGUUGCUGCAGAGCAAGUGGCGGCACCGCUUAUCGAUGCCAUCACUGCUUCCAUCACCGCAGAGACGCCUUUCAACUGGGUGGCGGCCACCGUGGGCAUGCUCGGGCCCGAAGCAGCCCGUGCACGGCUCGACGGAGUUGGCCUCAACCAACAGCAGACACAACUGCUGCUCCGCGGACUACCAAACCUCGAAGACCCAGCCGUUGUUUGCCCGGAGUUACGGCUUCUGAACAUGCUCCAGGAGCAUCGGGCAGAAAACCGACCCGAAGAACAAGGCGAAGAUGCGGCGUGGCAUCGGGCUAUCCAGUUUGAAUACGAGCGAGUUUUGCUGGGCCGUCGCCGGAACACGGCGACCAUGCGCGAGUUAGAGAACCUCAAUGCGCAGCGGAGGGACGGCCAAACGCCCAUCAAAAACUGCCCGCGCUGCCGUCACCCCACCGAUCGGGUUGAUGGCUGCAACAUCAUGACCUGCACAAUAUGCAGGGCGGAGUGGUGUUUCAUCUGCGCGCAGGAGAAGAGCAG